AUGCCGCCCUCGAGGGCAAAGUCGAGUCCGUCUGUUGAGGGACGGCGGGAACGCCUGACGCUUGCCAAAUUGGCGAGCUACGACGAUGUUGCGACAGAUGCGCUCAUUGAUCGUGCCUACUUUUGGACCAAGACUCGCAAGAACAGGACCAAGUUUGCUGCUGCGAGAGGCAUUCGCGAGGAAGACGUAGGGCGCAUCAUUCUCCACCACAUUGUCGUCGCAAGGGACCUCGCGACGGCGGAGAAGGAGUUGCUUGCGCUGCCUGGCCUGAGUAAAUAUAUGGCCAGGCUGCCGAACGACCGGGAGAAGGAGUGGUUCCGACGGCACCUGCGCAAGUACAUCCAGAUUUAUCUGCCCGAAUGCCCCUUCGAAAUCACGACCACCAACCGGUAUACGAUCACCGACCAGGAGGCGGCUGUGUCGGCCCGAAAGUUUAUCAAAAAGGGCGAAGAGAUCAAGUACCUCAGCGGGACUCUCGUGGCCAUGACGCGCGAAGAGGAGAAGGACUUGGAUCUGGCACGGAAAGAUUUCAGCAUUGUCAUGUCCAGCAGGAAAAAGACACCGUCGCUGUUCCUGGGACCGGCUCGAUUUGCGAACCACGACUGUGACGCUAACGGAAAACUGGUGACCCGCGGAUCCGAGGGCAUGCAGGUGGUUGCGACCCGCGACAUCCAUGUUGGCGAAGAGAUCACUGUCUCGUACGGCGACGACUACUUUGGCAUUGACAAUUGUGAAUGCCUCUGCGAGACAUGCGAGCGCCUUGUUCGCAAUGGCUGGUCUCAGCCAGCAAAUUCUGCACCGCAGAGCAAUUCAUCCACACCCGCUGCGGAGGAUGACACGAGGAGCGAGUCUGUCUCUUCUUCGUCGCCUCGUGGAAAGAGAAAAUCCGGAUCAGAGGAGCCGGAGCAUUCUACACCACGGAAAAAAGCGAAAUUCCAACGACGGAGUUCCAAGCUGCGGGAGGAGAUUUUACCCGAUGCCACCGAAUCUGCCGAGCAGUCUUCCUUCCUCUCGACGUUGGAUAAUUCCCUGUCCAAUCUCGCCCAGCAGAAUGAGACCAAGCCCAGCACAGACACGCCAGAGGGUGUCGACACGGGUCCUUCGCGACAAAACUCGGAGACGGCCACGCCAGCUUGUACUGACCAUAACUCCCCUCGUUCCUCCACGGGAGAUGACGGUCAGCAGUCGACCGCACCUACAUCGGUGUGUGACAUGGGGGACAAGAUCAAAACCGAGUCAGUCGACUCGGUUGAACCGCCUGCAGAGAGUUCAGGCGCGGAAGCACCAUCUACAAGUCAACCAGGUCAACCAGGUCAACCGGGUCAGCCAGCAGAGCCGGGUUCGGACGGCAGUCAAAGCAGCGAACUUUCAGAGUUGUCUAAUUCGUGGGAAUUAGAUGACCAGCUCGAGACGGUAGUCAAGGCAAACAAAACGAAGAAACGCCGCAAGCGCUAUGUGGUCCCGUCGGUCGAAGACGUCUCUCCUGGGGUGCGCGUCCCGGGCGACUACACAAAGACUCCCAAGCUGCUCGCUCAGCGGUACGACCGCUGGGUCGACUGCCAAACGUGCGGCUCGUGGUUCCUGCAGGAGAACGCGUAUCAAACGCGCAAGGAAUGCCCCCGCUGCGAACGGCAUUCGAAGCUGUACGGGUACCGCUGGCCCAAGACCGACAAGGAAGGUCCUCACGACGACGAAGAGCGGGUGAUGGACCACCGCACGGUGCAUCGGUUCCUGCACCCAGAGGAAGAGGCCAAGAUCGACCGCAAGAGCCGCGGGGUCAGUUUCGGCAUCACCCCGACGCCGGAGUUGUCGGCUGACACGAGGAGUGAGACGGAGCCCAGCGAGCCGGAUGAACGGCGGACCACGCGGGCCACCAGACGGCGAACCAGGGAGCUGCGGAAGACGAUAAUUCUCUUCCGCCGGCCGUUCCAGCACUUGAGAGAAAUCAUAAUCCCCCUUGGCCACAUCCCGCUUGUACUCUUCCCCUUCUUCGACAAACCUCAGGCACGGAGUCACACCACCCCAAUCGAACGCGUCCUUGUCAGCGAGCGUCUUGGGCCACGGCGUCGUCAUCUUACACUGCCACCACCUGGCCAGCAGCGCCGUGCCGAGCAUGACGCGCGGCUCGUCCGUCUUGUUCGGCAGGCCAGCAUGCCAGAGCUUAAAGUCGCGGAUAACGAGACUGCCACGGGGCAGCGUAGGCUGCACGGGAGGAGCAAUCUUGCGCCUCUGCUCGAGCAGCUCCUCGGGGACAACAUGGUUGAAAUCAGCGACGACCUUGUGGCUGCCAGGCCAGAACUCCGUCGCGCCAUUCUCCGGACCCACGUCCACGAGGUAGAUGCUGAUCAGAUACCCGAACGGCAUGACGGGGCAGGGGAAGUUGAUAUCGACGUGCGGCGGCUGGCGGCCCUGCGUCUCGGUCCUAAACAGCGUGUUGGCAGAGUAGUAUCGCAGACAGGGCUCCGGGCCCACGAUGCACGAGACGAUCUCCGUCGCGAAGGGGUUCGCCACGACGGAGGGAAAAAGCAGGUCUGCCCGCAUCGGCGGCUCCUGUUGAAUGUUGCCCGUCGCCUCGCCGAAGUUGCGCUGCGUUGCGCCGUCGGCGAACAGUUGACGGGCGCGCGGCACCAUCUCGGCGUUUAG